CUGUUGGCGCAGCGCGGCGACCGGGUGCGGCGCCUUUAAGCGUCGUCGUGACACGUGUGUGAGGCGCCGGAGGCCCGGAUGCUGCGCUUGCAGGGCCGCGGGCCGGAGGGGAAGCCAGGGUUGUCCGGGUUUGCGGUGCGCCCGCGGAGAGGCCGGGUGAUGCACCAUGCCCAUAGUGGAUAAAUUGAAGGAGGCCCUCAAACCCGGCCGCAAGGACUUGGCUGAUGAUGGAGAACUGGGGAAGCUUCUGGCCUCCUCUGCCAAGAAGGUCCUUUUACAGAAGAUCGAAUUCCAGCCUGCCAGCAAGAGCUUCUCCUACCAGCUGGAGUCUUUAAAGAGCAAAUAUGUGUUGCUCAACCCCAAAACAGAGGGAGCCAGUCGCCACAAGAAUGGAGACGACCCGCCCGCCAGGAGACAGGGCAGUGAGCCCACGUAUGAAAGCUGUGGCGAUGGAGUCCCAGCCCCACAGAAAGUGCUCUUCCCCACGGAGCGGCUGUCUUUGCGGUGGGAGCGGGUCUUCCGUGUGGGCGCAGGACUCCACAACCUUGGCAACACCUGCUUUCUCAAUGCCACUAUCCAGUGCUUGACCUACACGCCGCCUCUGGCCAACUACCUGCUCUCCAAAGAGCAUGCCCGCAGCUGCCACCAGGGAAGCUUCUGCAUGCUGUGUGUCAUGCAGAAUCACAUCGUCCAGGCCUUCGCCAAUAGCGGCAAUGCCAUCAAGCCCGUCUCCUUCAUCCGAGACCUGAAAAAGAUCGCCAGGCACUUCCGCUUUGGGAACCAGGAGGACGCCCAUGAGUUCCUGCGGUACACCAUCGACGCCAUGCAGAAGGCCUGCCUGAACGGCUGUGCCAAGUUGGAUCGUCAAACGCAGGCUACUACCUUGGUCCAUCAGAUUUUUGGAGGGUAUCUCAGAUCACGUGUGAAGUGCUCCAUGUGCAAGAGCGUCUCGGACACCUAUGACCCCUACUUGGACAUCGCCCUGGAGAUCCGGCAAGCUGCGAAUAUCGUGCGUGCUCUGGAGCUGUUUGUGAAAGCAGAUGUCCUGAGUGGAGAGAAUGCCUACAUGUGUGCUAAAUGCAAGAAGAAGGUUCCAGCCAGCAAGCGCUUCACCAUCCAUAGAACAUCCAACGUCUUAACCCUUUCCCUCAAGCGCUUUGCCAACUUCAGUGGGGGGAAGAUCACCAAGGAUGUCGGCUAUCCAGAAUUCCUCAACAUACGUCCAUAUAUGUCCCAGAAUAACGGUGAUCCUGUCAUGUAUGGACUCUAUGCUGUCCUGGUGCACUCGGGCUACAGCUGCCACGCCGGGCACUAUUACUGCUACGUGAAGGCAAGCAACGGACAGUGGUACCAGAUGAACGAUUCCUUGGUGCAUUCCAGCAACGUCAAGGUGGUUCUGAACCAGCAGGCCUACGUGCUGUUCUAUCUGCGAAUUCCAGGCUCUAAGAAAAGUCCCGAGGGCCCCAUCUCCAAGACAGGCUCCUCCUCCCUUCCCAGCCGCCCGAGUGUGGCUCCAGAUCACUCCAAGAAGAACAUGGGCCAUGGGCUUGUUUGCUCCCCGCUGACUGGAAAGCGACAAGACUCGGGGACGACGAAGAAGCUGCACACCACUGACGAGAUCGGGGUGCCUGUUUCCAGGAAUGGCCCCAUGGCGGGCCUGAAGUCCCAGAACGGCUGUGUUCCUCCAAAGCUGCCCUCAGGGUCCCCUUCCCCCAAACUCUCCCAGACACCCACACACAUGUCAACCCUCCUAGAUGACCCUGGGAAGAAGGUGAAAAAGCCAGCUCCUCCACAGCACUCCUCCCCGUCCCCCAGAACUGCUCAGGGGCCACCCGCUACCAACAACUCGAGUAGCAGCAGAUCUGGGAGCCAAAGACAGGGCUCGUGGGACAGCAGGGAUGGCGUCCUCUCUACCUCACCUAAGCUCCUGGCUGCAGCCCCUGCCAACGGGCAUGGGCUGAAGGGGAACGGCGAGAGUGCUGGCCUCGAGAGGAGGGGCUCCAGCAGCUCCAGCCCAGAGCACUCAGCCAGCAGUGACUCCUCCAAGGCCCCGCAGGCCCCCAGGAGCGGAGCUGCCCGUCUCUGCGAUUCUCAGGAAAGAAACUGUUGCACCGCUGGUCACUCCAAAACGCCACCCAGUGGAGCGGACCCGAAGACGGCGAAGCCGAAGUCCCCUGUCCUGAGCAGCGCUGCUGCUGAGCCACCAAGCACCAUGUCUCCUCCGCCAGCCAAAAAGCUGGCCCUUUCUGCCAAGAAGGCCAGCACCCUGUGGAGGGCGAUCGGCAAUGACCUCCGUCCGCCUCCCCCCUCACCGUCCUCCGACCUCACCCACCCCACGAAAACCUCUCACCCCGUCGUUGCCUCCGCUUGGCCUGUCGGUAGAGCCAGGGCUGUGUCACCUGCUUCCCACUCAUCCAGCCGCCUGCACCCCCCCUUUAGCCCCCACCCUACAUUGCUGUCCAGUACCCCCAAACCCCCAGGGACGUCAGAACCACGGAGCGGCUCCUCCAUCUCGAUGGCCCUGCCUCAGGUCAAUGGGGACCUUGUGUCCCUUCCACACCAGCUGCCAGAGGCCAGCGAGCCCCCCCGGAGCCCCUCUGAGAAGAGGAAAAAGACCCUCGUGGGAGAGCUCCAGAGGCCAGGCUCAGAGACGUGCCUCUCACAGCACGUCAGGGAGGCCACUGCGUCUCCCCACAGGAAGAGGAAGAAGAAGAGGAGGAAGUGCCCAGAGGCCACAGCUGCCGCCACCCUGCAGGAGGGGCAGAUACAGAGACAGCGUGGGAGCCCCACGCACGGGAGGGAGGGCCAGGCACUGCUGCCUGCUGUCAGAUGGCAGGAAGAUGGCACAUGGCCACAGGUGAAUGGCCAGCAGGUGGUGUGUGUUCCGGACAGCCACCAUGAGAACAGCAGGAAGCGGAGGAGGAAGGGAGCAGAGGGUCUCGGUGAAGAAGGCAGCCUGCACCAGGACCCACCUUGGCACAGGAGCUGCUCUCCCACGGGUGAUGGUGAUCCAGAGGCCAUGGAAGAGUCUCCAAGGAAAAAGAAAAAGAAAAAAAGAAAGCAGGAGCCACAGCGGGCAGUAGACGAGGAUGGGCAUCUCGAAGGCCCGAGGAGUGCCAAGCCCCGAGACGCUGCUGUCCCUGAGUCCAGCAGCCACACACCAACUGUGAAUGGCUGGUGUCCUGGGGACUGCAUGGGGCUGGGCCCAGCCCCUCCUGUGUCUUGGAAUGGAAAGCGAGAGUCUGAUGUGGUGCAGGAACUGCUCAAAUACUCCUCCGAUAAGGCUUACGGGAGAAAAGUUCUGACCUGGGAUGGCAGGGUGUCGGCGGUCAGCCAGGAUGCAAUUGAAGAGAGCAGACUGGCCCGGACCCAGACCGUGGUUGACGACUGGGACGAAGAGUUUGACCGAGGGAAGGAAAAGAAAAUUAAAAAAUAUAAGAGAGAGAAGAGGAGAAAUUUCAACGCCUUCCAGAAACUUCAGACUCGACGGAACUUUUGGUCCGUGACUCACCCAGCGAAGGCUGCCAGUCUCAGCUACCGCCGCUGACGGUGCCAUUGUGGAAGAGCCUCCUGGAGACAAGGCGUCCCUUCCUGGGAGCUGUCCUUGUGGGCCUGAGGGAGCCUUCUGUGUGGGCUCUGCUGCCAUGGUAGGAGCUCUCCCGGUAUCAGUGUCCACAGACGACCCGAUGUAGAGCCUCUGAGGCUUCUCUAGAUUGGGACCUCUUUGGUGACAUUCCCAACCAGUUCUGCAAGAGAAGCUCCAGUGUGUGUGGAGCAGAGGUGGCCGCACGCCUGCUGGACAGCUGCGCCGGGCUGCGUGAUCUCACGUUCAUGGACAGUGUCCGUGCUGGCAGAGGCUCCUGCCCCUGGUUGGGGCUAUCGAGAGAGUGGGGGAUGGUGGCCACUCGUCCCCCAGGUGGCCUCCUGGUGCGUGGCUGGUUGCUCUUUGCGAGCCAUCCCUUGCUCCUUGGGGCUGGCACUACCGUUGUGUCUGAGUCCGCCCUCCCCGCUUCCUCUGUGGGGCCCCUUUGUUGGCCUCACCUGUACUUAGAAAGGAAGAGCCCUGAGGCCGACCCCAGCCAGCCACCUCUCCCUUUUAUGGAAUUCAAGAGGGUGACCCUGCUGUGCAGCCCUUUCUUGUGAGUAACUCUCGACUGUCCUGGAGAGCAGAGGCUGUUUGGGGUCAGGGGAGCCCUUGAUAUUACCUGCGAAUACAUCUGCUUUCAAGGCUGCUCGGCUGUGCUGUAGCUUCCCUCGAAGCUGCAGUAACCCACAGGUCUUCACUGAGGUGGUGGCCUUGGGGUAGAAUUCUCCAUUUAUUUUACUACUUAAUACAAAACAUUUAUUUUUGACCAGGCCUGUGGCUUCCAUUAGCAAUAUGUUUCCUUUCCCAAAUAUGAAAAUAGCGGCUUUGUUUGCUCAAUUUUGUGAGUGCUUUGGAAUUUAAAUGAUUGUAUAACUCAAGAUUACUUUUCUAUCUUGCUCAAGCUGUGCCUGCCAACUUGUAAUUAAAUAAAUAUGGGAAAUCCUCAGAGAAGGGGAUGUUUCAAGAAAAAGACAAAUGCCCUCAUAGGAGUGGGAAGCGUAAAGGUGACGAUGACACCCUUCCUUGUCGGGUCUCUCCCCAGCAUUUCCUCCCGGUGUCAUUGCAGCUGGAGAUGGACUUGGUGUUGGACUCAGAGCUCCUUCGGUGUGGCUCCGCGGGGCCGGAGGCGUCCUGCCGUCCAGGGGGCUGCCUCGCUCUCUGCAUCUCUUCCUGGGGCAGCUUUGCUUCCUGCCUCCGUGCUUGAGGCCUGGGUGGUUACCGGUUGUAGAAAGAAUUGCCUUUUUAAUAAGGGAAGAUACAUUUAUUUUUUCCACGUGGGUGGGUGGCUCUUUUUGGAUUUUCUUCCGUUUUUUACGUUUGUUUUUAGAAAGGUGGGAGAGAAUCAUGCUCCCGUGGCUGCCUCUGUCCCAGCAGCAGCAAGUGGAAGCCUGACCGGGUCAGGGUGUCUUCCUCGCUCUCCUGCGGACCAGUCUCUGAAUGUUCAAAGAUGAGGGCCUGGCUUCCACGCUCUGGCUUUGUAACUUACCUGGGAGGGAAAGCACAUGCCUUCAUGGGCAGGCUGUGUUCCUCUUCCUCCCGGUGUCGACUUGCGUUCCUGCGUGAACUGUUUCCUCUGCCAUGGUUUCCGCGUGGUGUUCUGUAGUUGAAAAUUAGUUGUCUGCUAGCACAAUCCGUCUCCUUCCUUUCUCUCCUCCCAAUCAGUCUCUUCUCUUCUCCACUAGAAACUGUAAAACCUUUUCCUGAGGGACACACGUUGAUUAACUCUUGGGCAGUAGUGAGCACGAGAUGACUUCUGCAGCCUUUAUCAGUGUUGGGUGGAGUCCUGUCCCUUCUGUCCACGGGAGCCAUCAGCUAGACGGGAGGAAAGAUGAGGUCCAGAAAACGAGCUCAUACCCCAGGCGAUGUGCACGUGUGGAGGUGACGUCAGUAAGUCGCGCCUUGGUCGUAGCAGUCAACUUCGUUGACUUGGGAUCUGGGUCGAUUGAGUUCUGUGCUUGGAAAUGGAGCUGGAGCGAGCAGGGCCUGUGCACAGCGCUGCCUCUCCUGGGUCCUCUCUCUCACCUGCCCCGCGUGCUGGUUGCAUGGCCGCACCUGUCUGUGUGCAGGGCUCUGUGUCCUCCUCUGCACUUCCUCUCCAGGGGCCCGGGGAGCCCCACAUGUUGCCAAGAUCUUGGUGCAAUAAAAUCCUCUGUUUUUGUGA